UAUAAAAGCAGAAGCAUUUGAGAUAGAAUUCAUUGCAUUCGCAACAUUUGCAACAUGAAGUUCACACUUUUCUUCGGUUUCGUAUUGGCCAUUUUGGCUUUGGCUUUCGCCAACCCCAACCCAAUGCCCAACCCCAAUCCUGAACCAUUGCCCGGUGGUGGCGGCGGUGGCGGCGGCGGUGGCGGUCUUGAGCUUGAACUCGGCGGCGGUGGUGGUGGCGGUGGCGGCGGCGGAAAGUAAACUUUCCACCCAGUUCAAAGAAUACUCGUCGACGAUUUUAGCUUUUUUAGUUUGGUUUUAAUUCAAUAAAAAAAAUAAUUUCUCCACAGAGUAAAAGUAAA